AUGCUUUUGAAGCAGUUCAUCUUUUUGCUGCUGUGUGAUCUGGUACUAUGUCUUCCGGACGCCACUCGUCGUAUCCGUCUCGUUAUUAGCGCCAAUGUCUCCAAUCCCGAUUGUUUCAAUACCGAGUAUCCUACAUUGUUGGUCAAUGGCCAAUUUCCCGCACCGCCCAUUCACGUCCUAAAAGGCGAUUUAAUGGAAAUCUACGUCGAUAAUCAGCUUGAAACCGCCUCCACAUCACUUCACUUCCACGGUAUCCGCCAGUACGGCUCUCCCGAAGCCGAUGGUGUCCCCGGCGUUACCCAGUUACCCAUUGGACCCGGACAACAUUUGUUGCAACGGUUCCGCGUCACUGGUCAGACGGGCACCUACUUUUACCAUGCCCACAGUGGUAUGCAGGAUGACUUUAUCCAAGGGCCAUUUAUCGUUCACGAUAGUAUGGACGCCAUGCCACCCUCCGUCAGAGGUGACAAUAUUCGCGCAGACACGGAUGUCCUGGAAGACGGCCCUUACACAUACAACGGUGAACGCAAUCUUCAGUUGACCGAGUGGUGGCAUCAAUCUUUCGUGGAACGUCAAGAGUACUAUGAGGGUCCUUCGUUUACUUUCGACCACGGUUCCAGCAGUCUCUUGAUUAACGGCCGUACUGUCCACAACACCACGUAUCUCGACGACACAUGUCACGGCUAUUCCACGCUCAACGUGCAACGCAACAAAGUGUACCGUCUUCGCGUCAUUGCCGGAAAUACUUUCCGUACCGUUGGCUUGGCCAUCAAAGACCAUCCUCUCACCAUUAUCGAAGUCGACGGUGAAAUGACACAACCCUACAAUACCUCGUACCUCGAAAUAACUCCUGGUCAACGGUUCUCCGUCUUGAUCAAUACCGGUGACGCUCCCCCUGGUACGCACUUUGCCAUUGCCACGAGCUACCGAUGGCGCCGACGAGGAAAGGGUUACACCGAGAACGGUCUAGCGUAUUUACGCUAUGUGGAUGAUGAGGAUACCUCUGAAUACGGCACAACCACUCACACCAUUGAUCCCUCGCAAUUUUCGAGUCACGCCAAAGUCGCUUCCCAUCCUGAUCUUCCCCCGUUCCCCGGUGAGGAUAACCGCGAUUGGAUUUGGCCCGAACUGAUGCCUUUGGGUCCUCGUGAUCCUAUCCUGGACGAAGAACCCAGCCGCAUUAUCAAGCUCAAAGCAGCCACCACCAAAUUGGCCGACGGUCGAUCUCGAUACACCAUGAACGGACGGCUUCCCAUUGACCGAGAGGGAUCCGCUUUAGCCAGCCUGAUCUCGCUCAAGCACUCGGUUACACGGCUCAGUGACUUGCAGGCCGAUGGUUACAGUCCUGUCAUGGAUACAUACCCCAUCUUCCGCAAUGAAACCAUUGAUAUUGUAUUCCAAAAUGGCCACUCGGGUAAUCAAUGCUUGAUUCAUCCCUGGCAUACGCAUGGUCACUCUCAUUAUUUGAUUGCUUCCGGUGACGGUGAAUACGAUCACGAAAAACAUAAAGACAUCCGUAACUUCCCCCACCCAAUUCUCAAAGAUGUAUCCACCGUUUAUCCCACGCGUGACGACCCUGAAACUGGAGGAUGCGGAUGGACCAAGGUCCGCAUUGUUGCUGACAACCCCGGUAUGUGGGCCGUGCACUGCCACAUCACCUCGCAUAUGAAUCAAGGCAAAAUGGUAGUUUUGGAAGAAUCGGCUGAUGAGCUUAUUCGUCGCGCAGCACUGCUAGGACGAAGCUUUUCUUAAUUAUCGAAACCGUUUCGCUUUUAGAAAAAAGACCCGCUCUUAUGACACUAUUACCCUGUCCCAAAGCGCGUGUCUUUGUGAAAAUUCAUACAUAUAAUAUUCGAG